CUGGUGUCACCUGGUGUCCCCAGGAGGAAGCUGGUGCAGCUGCAGGUGGCCUACCACCACCUCUUCCAGGAGUACGACGCCCACAUCAAGGCCAGCCUGGAGGGGGACAAGAGGGGACAGCUGGCGGAGGCGCGGGGGCGGCUGCGUGCGGCGGAGGAGGCGCUGGCGGCCAAACAGGAGCUCAUCGACCGCCUCAAGGCGGAGGCCGAGGAGCAUCGGGCCACCCUGGAGACCAUCCCCGUGCUGCAGGCCCAGGCCGACAUCUACAAGGCGGAUUUCGCGGCCGAAAGGGCGGCCCGGGAGCAGCUUCACGCCCAGCGCGAGGCCCUGCAGGAGGCCCUGGACCAGCUCCGGCUGCAGCUGGAGGCUGAGGGGGCCGCCAGGUGAAG